AUUCUUCUUCCACAACACCCUUGACAGCUCCACACAACUAUCACCAUGUCUGAUCUUCACCCACUCAACGGAGGUAACUUUAUCCACAAUGACAAGCGUUGGAUCGAUGGCGGAUCCAUCAUGAAGCGCUUCUCCCUUGAGGGAAAGACUGCCAUCAUCACCGGUGCUGCCGCCGGUAUCGGCUGGGCCGUUGCUCAGGCCUACGCCGAGAUGGGUGCCAACAUUGCUCUCUGGUACUUUAGCAACUCCAAGGGACCUGAGCGUGCCGAGGAGCUUGCCAAGCAGUACAACAUUCAGUGCAAGGCCUACCAGGUUGAUGUUAGGGAUGCCGAGGCAGUUGAGAAGGCUGUCGACCAGUCUGUCCAGGACCUCAAUGGCCGUCUGGACAUCUUUGUCGCCAACGCCGGUAUCCCCUGGACCAAGGGCGCCAUGGUUGACGGGCCUGUCGACCAUUACCGUGAUGUCGUCCAGACUGACCUUGACGGCACUUACUACUCUGCCAGGGCCGCUGCUAAGCACUGGCGUCGCCAGAAGAACGAGGGUACUACCCUUACGGGUGAGCCCUUGACCAACUACACCUCGGGCAGCUUCGUUGCCACUGCUUCCAUGAGCGGUGGCAUCGUCAACAUCCCCCAGCUUCAGGCCGCCUACAACGCCGCCAAGGCUGGUGUCAUUCACCUUGUCAAGAGUUUGGCUGUCGAGUGGGCUCAGUAUGCUCGCGCCAACGCCAUUUCUCCCGGCUACAUCAUGACCGAGAUUUCCAACUUUGUGCCCCAGGAGACCAAGCAGAUGUGGCACGACAAGAUUCCCCAGGGACGCGAGGGUGAGCCUCAUGAGCUCCAGGGCGCAUAUCUUUACCUUGCGUCUGACGCUUCCACCUACGCCACCGGUGCCAACUUUGUCAUCGAUGGCGGUUACAGCGCUCCUUAAAGAGAGUUAUGAAUCACGAUAUUAAAAGGACACGCUUCGUUAUUACAAGCGGAUUUGGAUCGGUAUGGAAAAAGCAGCAUCACGUGUUUGAGCUUAUUAGGAUACCGUAGACGAUAUGGGUUAUGACAUUGGAAAGGACUGAGAUCCUAUGAGACAUGUUUGGUACGACAUAAAGAAAGAAAGAAAUACAUGCAAAAUUUGCAAAG